AUGAAAAGGGUUCCGUCGCGAACUGGAAAUGCUGCUGGUGCAUGCACAGUUAGCAAGACUGAUUUUAUCAAUUCUUUCUCGGAUGUUCCAGCAACGACGGUUCAUUCAAUAAGCGAUGUGAAAUCAAAAAUUGAUCAAGCGUUGCCGAUUUUGACGAAAUCCACCGAAGAUUGGACAAAACGCAACAAUCAGCUGAAGAUCAUCCGGAGUCUUAUCAUUCAUAGCGAGGGAGUCGUCGAUCGCUCACAGCUACUUCAACAGCUUCUCCGUCUCAAUGAUGCUCUCGAGAUGUCUGUUAAGGAUUUGCGUUCGCAAGUUCUUCGCGAAGCGGCCAUCACCUGUAGUUUUAUUGUCGAGAAAUUCGGAAAUGAUGCACACGCGAUUGGUGAAACAGUUUUCAACGCAGCCAUGGCUCAAACCGCCGUGAGCACAAAAAUCAUGGCAACGAGUGGAGCGACACUUUCGUUAUUUGUUGCCCAGUAUAUUCAAACGAAACAGAUAUUCACCGCGAUCGCUUCAUAUUCGACAUCAAAGGAUAAGAAUUUAAGGCGACAAGUAGCACAUCUAAUUGAGACAGUCGUAGCUCAUUGGAGUGACCAACGUAAAAAUCCAUUUAUGCGGCAAAUUUGCGAACUAAUCAAAGCUGCAAUUAAUGACGCCGAUUCUGAAACGAGAAUUGCGGGAAGAAAAGCGUUCGCAAAACUUGACGAAUUACAUCCAACCGAAGCCGAGAAAGUUUUCCAGUCAGUUGAUGCUUCCAAGCAGAAAAUGCUUCGAGCUGCUGAUGCAGCCUCGUCGAAUGCCUCGAUUAGUAGCGAGAGAUCACUUCCAAUGCGGUCGAAACUUUCAGCGGGUGCUAUGAGGCCAGCUCCAAAUAUUAGUGCAAAGUUCCUUGCACAACGAAGUGCAUCGGCUAUUGAUACAAAGCAAAUCACGCGACCGAUGACCGGAUCAGUUAUGACUCCAGGAUCCAAAUAUGCACGUCCUGCAACUGUUAGGACAACGCUGAAUAAGGUUGACACUUCACCUGGAGGAUCAAAAUUCACAAGGCCUGCUGCUUUUGGUAUGGGACCAAGAACUUCUUCAAAUCUUCGACCUAAAACAGUUUCCACCAAUUCACAACCUGGUUCUCGAAACGCGUCUCCGCCAAGACGAGGAUCUACUACUGGUAGAGAGAUUCAACGCGAAAAAUCAAAUCUUGCAAACUCGGCAUUUUUCACUUCUCUUCCACAUUCGGAGCAAUUGAAAUUGCAGAAAGCAGUGAAUGAGGCACAAUAUCAACUGCGCCAACCAUCGAGAAACGAAGAUGAUGAGUUUUUGUUGCCAAAGCGACAAAUCGUCAAAUCUCCUCCAAAAUCUACAAUGGAUUUGUCGAAAGUUGAUGCCGUUCUUCGUGCGUGCGCCUCGUCAUCAGCAACUGAGAAAAAAGAAGGAAUCAAAGCACUUGUGGAUGUUUGCAUAGAUCCAAAUUUGAGCGAUGUCGAAUUGAAGAAUAUUGGAAACACCAUCAAUCGAUUACUAUCAGAUAUUAGCGCAGCGUCGGUUCUCGACGCUGUCUCCGCCUAUGUCCAAACACAUCAUUCUCGUCUUUCCGAUUGGCUUAAACUCGGCCUUCACAAGAUUUUCACUCGCAAGGCAACCGAAACUCUUCCGAACAUGAAAAAACAAAUUGUGGCGGUUCUCGAGUUGAUUCUCGCGUCGUUCGAUCGAAAUCAUCAAUUAAAUACCGUAUGCGAGCUUAUUAUUGAUCCAAUUCGACUACUGAAUCCCAAGGGAAGACUCGCAAUGCUUGAUUAUCUCAACGAUUUGCUUUGUAAGCAUAUGGAAAGGGGAUCGAGUUUCAAUACGAAACAAAUGAAUUCAGCAAUGCGCAAAAUUUUCGCGUGGAUGACUGAUCAAAAGAAUGGACAAAUGUUGGCACCGAUUUGCGAAAAAGUGAUUUGCUCGCUUUUCUCGGUUAAUGCCGCAGAUUUUUCAUCGCUUUUUAAUGAUUUCGACGCGGAUUAUCGUGAUCUCGCAUAUCGAAUCCUCCAAGCGCACGGUCAUAGCGAACAUCAGAAUCAUGUUGCACCGAAACAUGCUGUUGAGCAAAAUGUUGCGAAUGAAGAGGAAUGUGUCAGAACGAAUAUUAGCCAAACGACAGCUCAGAUUGCCGAUUUUGUUGGACAAGCUAAUCGACGAAUGGGAAAUGUUUUGGGAGCAGUUCAGCGUUCUAAUAUUGUAUCUCCGCCACAUCAGAAGCUUGCUUCUCUUGGGCCUCUUCGUCCGAUAAAUUCACAGAACGGAGAAGAUGAUUACGGAUUGAACGAGUCAUUUGAUAGGCUGAAAAUAAAUUCGACGAUGCAUCUUGCCGAAGAUACAACCGAGCAGGCCGCGUUUGUACAAGAGAAGAUAACGAAAAUGACAGAAGCUUCAACUCCGGCUGAGCAAAACGAAGGCAUUGCAGCUAUGUACAACAUGCUUUGUGAGGGAUCAUUUACUCUCUGGGAGCAAAAUUUUGCCAAACUUUUGCUUGCCGUGUUUGAGGUGUUAUCGAAAGGAAAAUCGGUUUCGAACAAAAAACUCGCGUUGAGAGUUCUCACGAAAAUGUGCACGGCGCAAGCAGCGAGAUUGUUCGAUUCGACGGAAAUGGCGAUGUGCAAAGUGCUCGAUGCUGCGGUUCAUUCGAAAGACGAUACAGUGAUUGUAGCUGCCGACGACUGUUUGAAGACAUUGGCAACUCAUUUGCCAUUGGCGAAAGUAGUAAAUGUUGCAAAAUUGAUUUUAAAUGAGGAACCAAUGGAUGAUACUCGAAUGGUGCUUAUUCUCAAAAUGCUCACAAGAUUGUUUGAGGGAUUACCAGCCGAUGAACUCGCGCCGGUUGUUGAUGAAAUAGCGCCAUGUGCGAUUCGGGCGUAUGAUGCUCCGACAUCGUCAGUGCGAAAAAGCGCCGUUUAUUGCCUUGUUGCGAUGGUCAAUAAAGUCGGAAAUAAGCUGAUGGAGAAACAUUUACAAAGACUUACCGGAAACAAGCUGAAUCUGAUUCAAGUGUACGUUUCCCGAGCAAUGUCGUCGAGCUCACACUCACAUGUAUAG